AUGAUAAGAAAUAGCUUAGUACAAUCACAAUAAGUUACAUAGGAUAGCACAGAAGAAGUCUAGGAAUUUGAGGAUUCCAUCUCCCUUAUCAAUCAACAACGAGGGAGAUUGAGUUCCAUUUGCUAGACAUCCUCUCCAUAGACUUUUAUUUAAAAAAAGUUGCAAGAAAUUCUGAAGCGAAAAUAUCAUGGUAUAAAUUAACACAAAAAUGAUUCUCGAUCCCGGGAUAAAUCAAGAAAGCAUCUAGAUAGCAAUCACUAUGGAAGCUUCAAGGUUCCAAAUCGUCUGGGGCCAAUUGAUUAUACACUCUUUUAAAAUUCUUAAAACGAUUCUGUUAACCUUAGUUGUUCUAAGAGCACUAAUAUGAAACACUCUAGUAACCUAACGAUUUAGAUCAAAGGUCAGGCUAGUGAAUCAAUCAGCGGUAAAAAUGACGUGGACGAGUAAUUACAAUACAAUAACUAAACAGUUUAAAACUAAGAAGCGGACUAGGGCUCCAAUGAAAAUUUUGACUUUUUCGAUUAGUAGCGUGAUCGCGCAUUUUCUUCUUUCACUUAGGUCUAAACAAAAGAUCGAUCUUAUUCUGACAAUAUUAUUGAGAAAUCAACCAAUAUCAGCUCCUACCAAAGCAAAGACGAUGGAUUUUAGAUCAAACUUAUCCCUUUAGACCUAGACAUCGAUGAGCUGGAGUAGAAUCUACCAUUAAUGACUCCACUUAACCUGGUUAAAAACAAGUCUAACGAGGUCGAGAUCUCACCCGAUAACAUUUAUCAUCUACCAUUUAUUAAGUCAUAGAAUGGAUCACAUAAUAAAUAAACCUAGAGAAUCCAAUCUUAUUAUUAAUAUCACAUUGAGAAAUUUAAAAAUAAAGCUAAUAACUCGUAAAGCAGAGAUAAUGAAUAGCCACUCUCGAAUCAGAGUAUUGAUAAUAAGAGAAAACAUUCGGUAGUGGAUUCAGAUAAAAAAUAAAUUGAGAAGUUAAAUAAGAUGAUGUUUUAACUUGAAAGUAUUAAAUAAUAAGCACACUCUAGAAGUCGCGUUGGAAAUUAAACACUACUAAACUAUCACUCCACCUCUGAUAUGAAGCAAAAUCGAUCUGUAAACAGAAAGAGAUACAUUGGGGUUCAAGAGCCUAAUAAUGCUGGAGAAAUACUCCAGGGAUUUAGCUCAAUUAAAAUAAUCAAAAAACCCAUCAUGAACGCUUAUAAUAAUAUAUCCAAUCCUAGUCAAUAGAAAAAAGGCAACUCUUUUAUUUCAAAUAAUAAUACAAAUAACAACUCACCUUCAACUUACUAGUAUGGAAUGACAAGUGAAAAAAAGAACAACCAAAAUGUGAUCAAUCUCAGGUAAAACAGAGAUUUAUCCUAGAAUUCAAAUAAAAAUCAGAUUAAUCUCUCGUAAAAUGAGAAAUCUCAAUAUUUGAAGUUUAGAUUGUAAAGAUAAUAAGAAAAGUGA